AUGUCUCUACAUACGCAAAGCCUCCAAGAUUAUUCUCACAGUAAUCCUAUACUUUUUCCCGACCAUGAUGACUACUGCCCCUCCAAUGCAGACGAUCCAUCGCAGGACCGCCUACAGCGUAUCACGAUCAUGGAAGAGACUGCCUCGAGCGAAGCCGCAUCUUUCCACGAUAAUUCGGCAGAUGACAUCGUCGAGUUACGUGAACUUGGCGACAGGGACAACAACCAGCCUGGUAAAGAGUCGUUGAUGCAGAACAUUGCGACGCAUGAUGACUUGCGAAACUCUGGCUCUUCAAACAGUCUACGUACAGGAGAUAAGGAGUUUUUGCUCGAAAAGUUUGGUCCGCGACCCAGGAUGUGGAAUUCCACAUGGCUUCACCUCAGUGUCCUUUCGACCUUUCUGGGUGCUUUUCUAGUGCUGCUUGUGAUCAUCUUGGUCUUGUACGAAGUCUCGGUCGCGGACAACGGAUUGGCGACACAGGUUCAAUCGCGGCAUUAUGCUUGGACGUAUGGCCCAACUGCUCAUCUGAAAAGUACUUACAAUAGUUCUAGGCUUGUGGAGAAACGUCGACUUCGCGAACAGACAGCUUGCUCCAUGAGAGGAGCUAGCGGGUGGUCCUUCUUCGGCAAAGAAGACAUUGCUGCUCGAUUACGUAUCGCCAGCACUGCCUAUGUAUCUUCUGGAAGCUCUCAAGAACCGUCACUGGGCUGUAGUCGCUUCUACUUCUGGCACGUUACUCCUCAAACUCAUUGCUUGAUUGCUCUAGAGCCUACCUGGGUGUCGAAGGCCGGCAACCCCUUCUCGAUCAGUUCGGCAUUCAACGCUACAGACUUCCAGCUUGACAAUCUGACUGGAACACCAGGAGUUGUCUAUUACGGCAUUCGAACGCAGAGUCUUCCCUAUCCAAAAGCCGUUGAGGGCUUUACAUCCGAUCUAGACUGCGAGAUCGUACAGGUAGACAACAGCACGCUACGCCGUGCUAGUCUGCCGUGGUAUAGUGUCUUGGGAUCUUUCUUCGUUGCUGAUAUCAAUGCCGGCAAUUGUUCGCUAAAAAGUGUCAUCGUUGCCGAAACAUCAAGCCAUGGAUUUCAUCACAACGCAGAAGCGACACAAAAUUUCCAAGGCCGAAUGACCAACGUUACCUGCUCUGAUGGAGUCGACGUUAGUGGUUGGCCGACGAGGUUACCGGACCACAGCGAUUAUCCAGACCAACGUAUCCUGAUGACGAUGGCCGAUUUGCGGUGGCUAGUUGCUGCCGAGGAUAUGGGCAGUAAAUGGCAAAGCCACGUACCGCUAUGGUGGAUUCAAAAUGUUACUGCUGUGCUCUGUCGACCUCGAUACAGUCUGAACAUGUAUCAAGUCGACUUCCCAAUCGGUACGAAAUUUUUGGGCGAUCUGGUCCAUGCCAUGAUGAUCAACGAGUCUUCUUUACCACUUCCAGGAGUAAGUGACUCCAGCAUGAAUUAUGCAGUCGUAUCAGCGGUCCGCAGAAUGUAUAUAGGCUCUGGUGGGGAAGACUAUGUGCUGGACACCAAUGUUCCGAACUUUUUCCAGCUCCUCGGCGCCGCGAACAAUGAUUCUAGGCAAGAAGCCUUCAUGGAUCCUACAGUUUUGCGCGAUAUUGGUUCAAAUGUCUGGAAUGGAGUCGCUGCUCAACUUGUGUAUGAGAGCAUGAUGCAGCCCACAGACGAUGUUGUCGUUGGGUCUUUUCGCUACUCUGAGAACAGAUUACAAGUGAAACUUCUAUCAGUCAUUCUGAUGAUGGUAGCGCUUGGUUUUCUCUGUCUUCUCGUCGUCAUAGUGAUGCUGAGCAGGCCAUGGAAUGUUGUGCCGCGAGAUCCCUUUUCGAUAUCUGCAGUAGCUACACUGCUUGCUGCCAACCCUGCCAUUAUCAAGCUCUUCGACGACCGUGGUGCAAGCAGAAGAAGUAAACUACAAGAAGUACUGGAGGACUACUCAUUCGAAAGUAAGCUUCCGAUGGAUUCUGGACGUUCAUUCACUGUGGAUGUGAUACACGAGGUGCUAUCCGAGAAGAGUAUGGCCUUAAAGCCAAAGCCUGUGUUUGCCUGGUGGCAUCCACUAUCUACAAAACAAUGCAUCGCUCAGACAAACGAUAAGGUCUCGCAACGGUUGACCCAAACGGAGCAGUCAAUUCACGCAUCCUCUCUAGUUACUUACCAGCUCUCGUCAUGUUUCUUGUGGCCGCCUUAUUCACCAGUAUUCAAGCCUCUGCGACUAGCUUCUCGCCCUAUUCGAGACUUGGUUGGUAAGAUGCCGUUGCAUGCUCUGGUUGUCUCGGCGAGAAAUCUCGAUCUCGGACAUUCCGUCAGUCUCCUGGCGGUUUUGGUUGCUGCGUUCCUCACAAUCAUCGUCUCUGGUCUCUUCACUGCGAUGCCAAUUCUUGGAUCUUCUAGUGCCAACAUGACACAAAUCGAUCGGUUCGACUUUGUCCGGGAGAAUUUGUCCAUAUCCGACAAUAAUGCCGGUGCCAUAACCAGUUCGAUUGAGUGGUCUGGACUUUCCUCUCCUGAUUGGACUUACAAUGAUCUGCCAUUCAACAGAUAUGAGCUACCAGAGUCCAGCCAGAAGACAGGCAUCGUCACUGUUGAUAUCCCAGCAUAUCGAGCGAGACUAGAUUGUGAUGUUAUCCUGAACAAGACGUACAGUGUGAACGUCAUUGUACCGCGUGGAGACGGCGGAUUCGGCCCGCAGAGUCAGUAUAUAGACAUGGUAUCGCUCCAUGUCGAGAUGUCCAUACCGCCGCCUUGCUUACACGGUAUAACCAACGCUAAAUCAGUUCUGUGGCAACAGGGUUUCUACGCUCCUAAGGACUAUACUCCCAAUUGUUUUGGACAAGCACCAGUGCUUCAGUGGGAAGUCGAUGGAGGAGAAGUCAUCGGCGAUGGAGCUAUCUUCGCUUCGAGUACUGGCCUCUGUCAAACUGUAGCCGACGGUCUGAACGUUGGAGGUUACUCUUGUCCAUCCUUCGGCAUUGUCAUGGGUUCAUCAGACUUGCGAAACCAAACGAUGGGAAACAGAACUCACAUGGUGAUGACAAGCGUCACUUUCAACAUUCCCGACACGUCUAUAAACACGACCAUGCCCCCAAAACCUGACGAAUCUACUGUCACGACAAUUCAGAACCCCGCCACGUCGAACGACGUCUGGGAAUGGUCGAUCAAUACUCUCCUCACCAGUCUCGGUAAUGGAACCAACCCAAGUACAGGGACCGUGCCAGCGCCUCCGGGCGGCGAUCCAGGAUACAGCAAUCUCGAUUGGUUUUUGGACACCAUUAUAGAAGGCAAGAGUGGAGUUCGCGUCACUGAUCUCGUUGAUCAAGGCAAUACAAGCCGCGAUCUUCUCAUCAAAUCCAGCCAACGUCUCUAUGGCGACUACAUGGCUCAAGCUUUUUCGGCGAAUAUGCGUGACACAACCGCUGUUCCCAACACAACCAUUCUGGCUAGGAUAAACGACGUACCUCGCUGGAGAUUGAAGCAGAAUUCUGCUCCCAAGAUUGCCUUGCAAGUGAUCCUAGGCUUCCUCGCUGCUUCUGCCAUUGCCACUUACCUCUUGCUGGAUAUGCGAGAGGUACUGCCACAUAAUCCUUGUUCAAUAGCAGGUGUGGCAAGCUUGUUGGCUGAUUCGGAAAUCGUGACUAGAGAGGUCGUUCCGGAGGGUACGGAGUGGCUUGAGGAUUGA